GGAGUGGCGGUGGGCUGGGCGUUAUUCCGCACUGCGUAGCAUUUUAAAAGCGUAACCCAUCCCACCAGUUGCCAUGUCCCCGGGUGGUCUCGCCGGAGGCUCCAUGGAUAAUCCGGCCUGCCUCGCCAUCCACAUUCAACUUCUCACCAAACUUCCCGCCAACAGCAACCUCAGCAUCCAGGGAUCCAGUCUGCGGGGAUACGGAUAUGCCGUCUGCGCGAAUCCGGCACACCGACGCCCAAACAGUUAAUUAACCCACAAACAUCCACGGAUAAUCCGGCACCUGGGUCUUACGGUGUAGCCCGGGCCGACGCUAAUCUUGUUCUAAUCUUGUGUUCUGUUGCUAUUGGGCGUGUCGACUGCGUUGGCCUUUUGCAACACGCGAGCCAUGAAGCGUAAGGUGUCACUUUCGGUCAGAGACAACGCCAUCCAGCAUGUGAAGCCGCCGGGCCCACCGCAGCCCCGGAUUGUCCGACCAGGGCAGAGGCAGCCGCAGAUAUCGUGCGACUUCUGCCGGCUCAAGAAGCUCAAGUGUGACCGGGCCAGGCCGUGCUCGAGCUGCGCAUCGCGUGGUCGGCCGUGCCAGGGAGUGCAAGGCAUACCUCCGCCUCCAGGCUCAGCUGCGUCCGGUGUUGAUUAUUACCCAGCCACAGCCACCACCGCGGCCAGCUUCUUUGGCCCCGAUCCUGGCGCCUACGCCGACAUCCUCGUCAGGCUGCGAAAGCUCGAAGACGCCGUCGUUACGCUCUCGGCCGGCGGACAGCAGCAGCAACAGCUGCUGCUGCAGCACCAUCACCAACAGCAACACGAGCUCACCUGGCUGGGGAAGAGAGAUACUACCACCACUGCCUCGGCCGCCGCCGCCGACGCACUGGUACCAAAGUAUGGCCCUGGCGGACCCCUCGGGUUCGACGCCUUCAUAGAGGCGGGGGCCUUUAACCCAUCUACCUAGAUAUACAAGACCGA